UGCGCACACAGUCUUUCUCCUCUCUCCCACUAUUUAUACACAAAACCAAUCUUUAAUUAUCGAUAACAAUCAAUCCCAUUCCUUCUUUAACACAGCUCCCUACUUCUAAGCGAGUAAGAAACAAAACCAAUCUCUCUCUCUCUCUAGAAAACUCCUCUUUUUUCUCCUUGUCUUUACACCCAAAAAAAAUGCAUAACCCCCAUAAGCCCACCGCCCACGAAUCUGAUCCUCAGCUACCAGUAAUCAGAAUCCACCACCCGUCCUCCCCUCGCCACCAGUCCGCCGCCACACCCACUCCCACCGCCGGCGCCCGCCGAAAAAUCGGCGUAGCCGUUGACCUCUCCGACGAGAGCGCGUACGCUGUACGCUGGGCAGUACAACACUACAUCCGUCCCGGUGACGCCGUCAUCCUCCUCCACGUCAGCCCUACCAACGUCCUCUUCGGUGCUGACUGGGGUUCCAUCGAUCUCACCAUUAACACAGACCCUAAUUACGAAGAAGAAAACAUCAACGGCGUCAACAACAACAAUCUUAAUGAAACCCCGACGCCUAAGCGGAAGCUCGAAGAAGAUUACGACGCGUUCACGGCAACGAAAUCAGCCGAUCUUGCGAAACCGCUUCGUGAAGCUCAAAUUCCGUACAAGAUCCACAUCGUGAAGGACCAUGACAUGAAGGAGCGUCUUUGUCUUGAGGUUGAGCGUCUUGGUCUUAGUGCUGUUAUUAUGGGGAGCCGCGGAUUCGGUGCGGCGCGUCGCGGUAGUGACGGGAAGCUGGGAAGUGUUAGUGAUUACUGUGUUCAUCAUUGUGUCUGCCCUGUUGUGGUUGUUCGCUAUCCGGAUGAUAAGGAUGCUGCUGAGGCUGUUGUUGCUGUCAAAGAGGGUGAUGAGGGUGAAGCUGUUAUCAAGCCUCUUUCUGUUGCGCAUGAACAUAAGAAAGAAGAUUAGUGGGAGCCAAUUCAUCACUUCAACCCUGUCUCCGCAGAAUAUAAAAUGGCAUCUUUCUCUUCCUGUCAGGUUGUACUAUUGAGCAUGUUCCUGGUUGUUAACUCUGGAAAGAUUAUGGAUGGUUUUUUUAUGGCUUGAUGAUACUAGUUCCUUUAAGCUGUUGGAAGGUUAUGUUUGGUUCGGAAGUGGCAUAUACUGUUUCAUGUAGAUGUACAAGUUUGCUGUGUGACCCUUUGGGGUUAUUUCCCAUUCUGUAUGUGGGGGAAAUCGAAUUAUCUUGAUGAGCACUUAUUUAGCUAGUAGAUAAAUUCAUAGAGCUAUGUUGUUGUUGUUGAUGGGACUAUGUCUGUUUUGAGUUCAGCACAUUUACCCGUUGUUAAAAAAGAAAAGAAAAAUUAAACUGAAA